AUGAAUCUUCUCAUAGAACAACGUCCGACUACAAUAACGUCAUCGAAAUCCCAACAACACCAACAAUCUCAAAUAUCAAAUGAAAAUGACAUGAACAAUAGUUCAUCAUCAUCACCGCUCGUACUUAAAAUCAAGCGGCAUACAACAAAACAACAGCAACAACAAAAUAAUUCUAUUUCUACUUCAUCACAUAUGUUGGAAGACGAUAAUAAUUCUCGUUCGACAACGAAUAAUCAACGUUUUAAACGUACUUCUAUAACGAAUACAACAGCUACUCGUCGACCAUCAUCACCUGCAUUUAAUGGUAAACAACAACAGCAACAACAACAACAGGCAACAAAACGUUCUGUAACAAUUGAUAAUAAUAAUAAUGAUUUAACGGGAAAUAUUGAUGAUAUUUCUUUAACAAAACGUUUUAAACGAGAUGAUUCAAAUCAUUUGUCUUCAAGCAAAGUAGAUGCCUGUGUCGAAACAGUCUCUAUUGGUUUGGCAACUGAACCUGAUCAUCUCGGUCCUUGUGAGCCCGGUACAAGCGUCGUUUUGGAGGGCAUCGUUUGGAAUGAAACCGACAGCGGUGUACUCGUUGUUAAUGUAACAUGGCGAGGAAAAACUUAUGUUGGCACAUUACUCGAUUCAACUAAACAAGAUUGGGCUUGCCCGAGAUUAACAUGUGAAUCACCAACAAGUGAUUAUGACGCUCGUAGUAGUAGUAAAACUAGUCGAACAAAACGUACAGCUGGUGCCGGUGGUAAUACUCGAUGUUCAAAUCCGCAACAACAAUCAGUAUCAUUAUGUCAACAAAUAUCAUCAAAUAAUCUUUCAACAGGACUUGAUGAACGUAAACUUCGUAAUAAUAUUAAAUCUCGACAAUCAAAACGUCUAAAUAAUAUUUCAACAUCAAUAAAUGAUGAAAUAAUUAAUAAUUCAUCACCAUUAACAUCACCAUAUCGAACAAAUAAUCAACAGACAUUUUUUGCAUCAGAAACACCAUCACCAACAACAACAGCAACGACUACUCUAUCAUCGAAUCUCGAACCACAAUUAAUCUCAUGUUCAGAAUCUCAUUGCCAUAAACGCUUUGCUUCAAAUAUUGCACUUAGUUAUCAUUUAAGUGAUGCACAUAAAAAAACUGAUGUAAUAACACCUACGAUUCCACAAGCAAAUACACGUGAUGAAGAAGAUGUUGCACAUAUUCUUGCUAAUGUUGCUGAUUACGUACGUCGUUCAUCACCACCGUCAUCAAAACGUUGUUCACCUGAACAUCAUAUGUCAUCAUCAAAUUUAAAAACAAUAGAAAAUUCAUCAUUAUCUUGGCCAUGUCCACAAAUAUCAUCGAAACUUGUUCUAUCAGCAUCAUUAAAUAAUGCCGAACGAAUUUUAUCACCGAAUUCUCCUAGAUGUAAAUUAAAUAAUAAUGAAACAACUUUAGUCGAUAAUCAAAAUAGAAAUGAUCACGAUGAUUUAAAAACUUCUGUUAAACAAGCAGAUCAUUUUCUAUUACAUAUAAAAGAUGAAGUAAAUGUGAAUAAAAAUUCUUAUCUUGAUUUAAAUAUAAAAAAAGAACAAAAUAUAAUACAUACAAAGAUUCCAACACCACCACCGAUAUCAUCUUCACCAGCAUAUUCUGAUAUAUCUGAUGAAGAUCUCACACCAAAUGAACAAAUUCUUCCACAACCAUCAACAAUUAAUUUAUUAACAGCAACAAAUGGAAAAAUUGAUGAAAAUGGAAAUAAUUUACAUCCAUCAUCAUCAUUUCUUUCAACAAAUAAUGGUUUAAAUAAUUCAAAUUCAUCAUGGACAGCACAAAUGCUUUUUCAACAAUUCGGUUCAUUUAUACAACCACAAACAACAGUAUCAAAUAAUAAAGAUUUAUCAACAACACCGAAUCGUUUGAACAGUAAUAAUAAUAUUUGUCCAUCAUCUAAUGGUACCAGUGAUUCAACUGUAAAAAAUAUUCUUGAUUCACGUCGUUCAUCAACAACAAAAUCAUCAUCAUCAUCAUCAACAACAAAUUUAUAUCAUUAUCAUACAAAUGAAACAAAAUUUCCAACACCAAUCAUUAAUACCUUAACAUCACCGAAUGAAAAUUUACUUCAUCUAUCAUCAACAACAACGAUAAAACCAAUGGAUUUAGUUGAUUAUUCAAUAAAUAAUAAUCGUACAACUAAUGGCGGACAGUAUCAUCAUUCAUCUUCAUUACAUCCGUCUCGCAUUAUCAAUGGUCAACAGUAUGUUAUUAAACGAGAUUUUCGUGCAUCAUAUCAAUAUAAUUCAUUCUCUGUAUUUACAAAUGAUGAAUAUCAACUAAUUUAUCGUAUUGAAACACAAUAUUCAUUGUCAUAUGCGGCAACAAUUAAAUCUAUUUUACCUCUUGAUGAUUUUAUUAUUGUUGCACAUAUUGAUGCAUUUCUUGGAUCAAAUCGAAUUUUUAAUUUUCGUAUACUUAAUUCACUUCUAGGUCGAUGGAUUGAUGGACGUAUAUAUCAACAAAAUAUGCUUAUAUAUGUUAUUGAACUUAUUAAUUUCCAAAAGAUUAUUAUUGAAUUAUCACCACCACAUACACCGGAGAUGUCAUCAUUAAAUAGUGUACGUUUUCGUGAUGGACAAAUAUUAAAUAAAAUUUUUGCAGAUUAUACCCAACGAACACCAUGGUUAUCGAUAUAUGAUUUACGUUUAUUUAGUAAUGAAUAUCCAAUUGAACUGUAUCUUGUUGGUUUCGCUAUUGUACAACGACGAAUGUAA